AUGCCGAGCUGCUCUGCUGGCGGAAUUCGGUGCCAAGGAGGAGCCGACCGGAUCUUGUCAGCACUUUGCCAGCGUGUGCAAGGGGAGUCGGUGAUGCCAAGCUGUAGUUCAGAAAUCUAUCUCAAGCCCGAGAUUGCCGAGGGCCAGCUCGUGGAUACUGUUCGAAGUGAAGUGGAGACAUUUCGAAGGAGCCGCAGCGCUUGGUCCAAUGCGCGAUGUUUGCUGCAAAGUUCUGCUGAGGUCCCGCAGUGCUCCUGGCGUGUUGCCAGUCGCAGCUCGACACGCUGGGAAGUCGCAGCAACGCUGGACAUACAUUCUGACGCACUGUGCGGGGUUGCGUGGUCUCCGAACCAGCAGCGUUUACUCACUGCAAGUGCCGAUGGCACCGUGGGUCUUUGGGAGGAGCAGAAUAUCAGCUACUCUCCAGUGCAAAAUCACGACCCGGAAGCAUUUCAAUUGGUGGCCAUCCUUGGCUCGAACAGCCACAGUCCGGUCCGUGAUGCGACCUGGUCACCGGACAGCGAGCUGAUCCUAGCUGCGAGUCUGGACGGCUCGGCGAGAGUCUGGCAGCUCGCGGGUGACGCAAGCCGGAUCCUGCGCAACGUCACCGAGGAGGAGUUGGACUCCGACAACGCCUCGGAGAAUGACAACGUCACCAGGCUCCGACCUCCGGCAGUGCAGGGACGUCUCCUGGAGCCUUGGUCUGUACACUCCAUGCUCAUGCAGUCGGACACAGCGCUGGCAGUGGAAUGGAGCUCCAAUGCGAGUGCUAUCGGUCGUGUGCUCGCCGGCUCGCGAGAGCGAACCGCCUGUGUGUCCUCCCGCGAUGCGGGCUUCGAGCCUUGUGCGUCCAGCCAUGAGCUCGCGGAGCGCAGCACCGGGGCCUCCUACCUGCUAGGUUUGGACCACUCUGCAUCAAUUUGGCAUGCGAGCAAAGAAAUUCCCAGCCGCUGGGCCCUCGAGGCAACUCUCGAGGGUGUCCGUCACUUGAUGGUCUCUGUUCGCUGGUCACCAGACGGCAAACAGCUCCUGACUGGGGGCAGUGACGGCCUCGCCCGCAUCUGGACCCUCACCGACACGGACUUCCAGGGUAGCGGUCGACAGCGGUGGAACCUCCGGGCGAAGAUGCAGGUGCACAGCCAGGCUGUUCGAGCCGUCGCCUGGUCUCCUGACGGACAGCACGUGCUGACGAGCGGUCGUAAGGGCUACGCGUACAUCUGGCAACCCUUUGAGGGCGAUGCCGACUGGGUGCUCAAGGGGUUCCUGACGCAAGCGAACGGCAUGGAAGUGCCACCGAACUUGACGAAUACGGCAUUGCAUUCGCCAGUGAACCCGGCACGCCUUGACACGCUGCACUCGGACUCCAACAUGGGCUGGGUUUCUGACUGGUCGCCUGUCCACGUUGCUACCUGGUCCUCGGACGGGCGCAGGAUCGCGACCGGCAGCCCAGACGGUUCAGUGCGCCUGUGGUUGAACGAUCUGACAGUUUACGGCCGGUGGACGUUGGAGGCAACCCUUCAUGGCCACUCACACGAGAUCUGGUCCAUGGCCUGGUCUCCGGACAGCCGGCAACUAGUUACGGGCGACCAGGUUGGUCGAGCUCGCCUGUGGCAGAUGAGAGAUGAGGUGACCAGCCCCGAGCACGAGGAGUCUUCAGGGGAGGAUGAUUCGCCUUCCUUGGCGCUCGCGGUUGUUCGGGCCGCUAGGCCUUUGCUUCGCAGCGUGCAGUGGCUGGCGAAUCGUGUCUUGGGUGAGAAGAAAACGAACCUUGGAGACACGAGCCAGUUCUCGUACGACCACAUGUCCGGCCAAUGGGUGCUGCAGAGGCAGCCGGGGGCGGAGGAGGAGUCGGCUUCCUCGGAAGACCAGACUUGGUCUCUGCCCGAGGUGAAGCACGGAACAAGGCCGGCAUGCGCCAUACUGUACUGA